AUGGCCCCCCAAAAGAAGAAGUGGUCCAAGGGCAAGGUUAAGGACAAGGCCCAGCACGCCGUCGUCCUUGAGAAGUCUACCGCUGAGAAGCUCAACAAGGAUGUUCAGUCCUACCGUCUUAUCACUGUCGCCACCCUUGUCGACCGUCUCAAGAUCAACGGUAGCUUGGCCCGCCAGGCUCUGGCUGAUCUCGAGGAGAGGGGAGUGAUCAAGAAGGUCGUCGGCCACCACGACCUCGACAUCUACACCCGCGCCGUCGCCGCCGAGUAA